AUGGGUUUCCUUAAACGUGUUGAGGACCGCCCGACACCGUCGGCGGUCUACAACUGGCGAGUAUGGGUUCUCUCGUUCAUUGCUUCGUUUGCGUCCAUCAUGAUCGGAUAUGACUCUGCCUUCGUCGGCGGCACGAUCGCACUUCCUUCGUUCCUGAAGUCGUUCGGCAAGCUCUCUAACAACACUUCUGGCAACUUGGUCUCGACGUACCAGGCCGGUGCAUUCUUCGGCGCCUUCCUUGGUCACCCGCUCGGCCACUUUUGGGGCAGGAAGAAGGGUCUCUUCGUCUGCUCGGUCGUCUUCACCAUCGGUGCGGCCAUCAUGACCGCCGCCUCGCCCUCCACCCACCUUACUCCCAUCUACGUUGGACGUGCCAUUGCAGGUAUCGCGAUCGGCGCUGCAUCCAACCUGACGCCCAUCUACAUCUCCGAAAUCGCCCCUGCUCCUGCACGUGGUCAGGCGAUCGGCAUCUACGAGAUUGGCUGGCAGAUCGGUGGCAUCGUCGGAUUCUUCAUCAACUACGGCGUGAUUCAGACUCUUCCGCCCAGCGUCAAGCAGUGGAGGAUCCCCUUCGCGGUGCAGCUUAUUCCCGGUGGCAUGUUCAUGAUUGGCACCUUCUUCCUCGUCGAGUCUCCCCGUUGGCUCCUCCAGCGCGGCCGUGUCGAGGAGGCCCGCGAGAAGCUGUCCUACAUUCGACACCUGCCCGUCGACCACCCCUACUUUGUCGAGGAAUUCAACGAGAUGCAUGCCGCCAUCGACGAGACUAGGCGCGCCGCCGGUGGCGACUCGUACUUCGCCCCGUUCAAGUACCUCUUUUCCCGCAAGCACCUCGUCCGUCGUCUCGCCUUCGCAUCCAGCCUCUUCCUGUUCCAGAACGGAACGGGCAUCAACGCCAUCAACUAUUACAGUCCGACCGUCUUCAAGUCUAUUGGCAUCACGGGCACGUCGACGGGUCUCCUGACGACGGGAAUCUUUGGUAUCAUCAAGACGACGGGUGCGGCGCUUUUCAUCCUCAUCCUCGUUGAGACGGUGGGUCGCCGUCGCCUGCUCAUGACGUCCUCGACGGGUGGUGCGCUUGCCAUGUACUACAUCGCCGGCUACAUCGCCAUCGCCAAGCCUGCGCAGCACAAGAAGUCGUCGCUCGAUGCUGGAGGAACCUCGGCGCUCGUCUUCUUCUACAUCUGGACGUGCUUCUACAGCUUUGGGUACAAUCCAAUUCCGUGGGUGUAUGGAGCGGAAUCGUUCGACAACACCGCCCGACCGGUUGCGCAGAUCUUCAACGCGGCAAGCAACUGGUUGUACAACUUUGUUAUCUCGCAGGCGACCCCCCACAUGUUCGCCAAGAUGGACUACGGCGUCUAUCUGUUCUUUGCCACCAUGAUGGUGAUCGGUACGGUCUACAUCUACCUCUUUAUGCCCGAGACCAAGGGUAUCCCCAUCGAGGAGAUGGACAACCUCCACGAAAAGAGGCCGCAGCGACAUGCGCACAGGAUGGUGCUCGAAGAGCUGCGCACGCGCGCGGCCGAGAGGCGCGGCGAGGCGGUUCUGGCCGACCAGGCCGAGUCGCGCGACGAUGCUUCCAGUGCCGACGAGAAGGAGGCCAACCAGGUCAAGCUCUCCACUGCCUAA